UGGUCAGUGUCGUCAGAGCGUUCGCGCGGUUUGGUAGAUCAUUGUCUUCAUCGCCCGUCUCCACCGCACCCGCAUACAAACCACACUCACUAUGGCGACUGACAACGGUGACUUAGACACGGAUUUAUCUGCGGCACCUGCGAAACGCAUGCGGUACUCUUUUGCCGAUGAAAUCGCUCAAAAUUCGCAUUUUGAAGCUUUUGGUCAGCGAUUCAGUGGUUUUCCGUCCGGCGAAUGUUAUGCCAAUAGUUUGUAUCAGCAACCAUACAAAUCUUUAGAUUCUUUAUCAUCGGAUUAUUUAAUACCAACUUCACCUACGCCAAAAAUAAUGUCCACAAAUUUGCCAGAAUCUCCUGAAGAUUCAAGUAAAUUUGAUGAAAGUUCAGACACUAAGGAAGAACCUGGGGAUGAUGAUUCAUCAUCAACAUCUAGUUCUGAUUUUAGCACUCAAUCUGAUAACACUGAUUCUGAAAAAGGCGUUGCUGGUUCAAUGAUUUGGGUACAAAAACAAAUAGUCUGUGGCAUAAAUCCUAGACGUUUAUUACAUCAAGUAUUUGGACCAUCAGUUUUUCAGUCCCAACUGGAAGAUCUAGCAUUAUGGAGAAUAAUAAUGAGUAUGACUGAUGAUUCUCCUAUGCGAAAUCGCUUACGUAGUGUCAGUUCUCUUAAUGAUGUUGUAAGAUUAUUGAAUACUAGCUCUCGCAUUAUGGUUCUUACUGGAGCAGGUGUUUCCGUUUCAUGUGGAAUACCAGAUUUUCGAAGUCAUAAUGGAGUGUAUGCUAGAUUAGCAACAGAAUUUCCUGACUUACCUGAUCCCCAAUCCAUGUUUUGCAUAGAUUAUUUCAAUAAAGACCCUAGGCCAUUUUUUAAAUUUGCUAGAGAAAUCUAUCCAGGACAGUUUAAGCCAUCACCAUCGCAUCAAUUUAUAAAAGCUUUGGAGAAAAAAGGGCGACUUUUGCGUAAUUACACUCAAAAUAUAGACACAUUAGAACAAGUGAUGGGUAUUGAGAAUGUUAUUGAAUGUCAUGGGUCAUUUGCAACUGCAACUUGUACCCAGUGUGGCCAUAAAGUAUCAGCAGAAACUAUAAGGCUCGAUGUUUUUGAACAAAGAAUUCCACGUUGCACAAUUUGUGUCAAUAGUUCUGGUAUUAUGAAACCAGAUAUUGUAUUUUUUGGAGAAGGUCUUCCAGACAGUUUUCAUAAGGCAAUUGAAGAUGACAAAAAUAAUUGUGAUUUGUUAAUAGUAAUUGGAUCAUCUUUAAAAGUUAGACCAGUAGCUCGCAUACCCAAUAUGAUAAAUAAACAUGUGCCACAAAUAUUAAUAAAUCGUGAAAGACUUCCACACAUGAACUUUGAUGUAGAACUGCUUGGUGACAGUGAUGUUAUUGUUGAUCAUCUUUGUCGCAUGCUUGGCUCAGAUUGGACUGAGUUGUGCUGGUGCAAAGAAGAAUUAACUGAAACUAAAAGUCUAAAUACACCUACAUCAUCACCAAGGUCUAACACAACUACAGUAGAGGCUGUAGAGAGUGAAAUGUCUACUGAUUUCAUAAAAGACAGUGCCAAUAGUAUGUCACCGCCACUCAGUGAUGAUAGGUUUACUCCUGGUUCUUCAGGUGAACAGCGACAUUUAUCUACUGAUUCUACAAGAGAUAGCGGUAUUGAUCCAGAUGAUCCUCAAAAAUCUAGUCUAGCUGCAUAUUUACCAUCAAAUAAAUUCUUUAUGUUGAAAAAAAGAAGGUACAUGUUUUCUGGUGCAGAAGUUGAUUCAAAUGAAAUGAAUGAUGAUGACAGUGAAACAGAAUCAGAUUCUAGUGAAAAAUCAGAAACGGCAUUAAACUAACAAUAUAUAUAUGUAUAUAUAUAUAUUUGUAUAUAUAGCUCAAUUGUUACUUAAAAUCCCAAAUUAAAAAUUUUCUUCUUUCAUUCCUUGAAUGAACACUUCUAAACUUCAGUCUAAUAGGGAUGAAUAAUAUUGUCUCUUUUUUUAUAUUGUAUUCCUUGACAUUUCUCUGUUCUUAUUAUUAUUUUUUUAUCGACCUUAAAUUUAUUAU